AUGCAGUCAUAUCGGAAAAGCCAGGAACCUGAAGUUAGUAAACUUAAGGAACCCAUUUUGGAUGAGAUUACAUCUGCACUGAUUGGGCGCCAUGGACUUAAUUUUACAAGGCAGGAUACAUCUUCUCUCUGGUUUCUGUGUAAACAGGAAGCGUCCUUGUUAGAUAUAACUGAUCAAGGUUGUAGCCUUUUCACACGUCCUGAGAUUGAAUUGCUGGAGUGGACGGAUGAUUUGGAGAUGUUUAUUAUGAAGGGUUAUGGUAAAUCACUAAACUAUAGAAUGGGAGUGCCAUUACUUGAAGAUGUUUUUCAAUCCAUGGAACAAGCUAUCAUGGCUGAAGAAGAAGGGCAUGCUUCUGGUAGCUUUGAAAAAGCUAGGCUUCGGUUUGCGCAUGCCGAAACUGUAGUUCCAUUCUCAUGUCUGCUUGGUUUAUUUCUCGAAGGAUCUGAGUUAAAAAAAAUUCAGAAGGAACAACCUCUACAGCAGCCUCCAAUGCCUCCACAGAAAAGAAAAUGGCGGGGUAGCACUGUAGCCCCUUUUGCUGGUAACAACAUGCUGGUUUUGUAUAGUUGUCCUGCUCCAGAUAAAUCUACAAGCAAGCACUUUGUGCAGGUGUUACACAAUGAACACCCCAUGCCAAUGCCAGGUUGUGAUGGCUCUGAUUUCUGUCCAUUUGAACUAUUCAAGGAAAAAAUCGUUGCACCUCAUCAGAAGCAUGACUACCAUACGGUCUGUAAUCCCAAGCUUGAGCAGAAGCCCACGGGAGGCAAGGUUUUUCAGAUAUUUCAGUGGCUUUUGUCACCAGGGAAAGGUGAUAAGUAUCCUAAAGACGAAUUUUAG